GGUGUUGAAAAAUUAUUGCCCCGAAUGGAAGUAGAAAUGUUAUUCUAGAAUUGAACUGAUGAUUAUUGCAAGCGUGCUGUGGUGUAGUGGAGAUCACAAAGAAUAUACUGUCUGUCGUUCAAAAUCUUAAAACUGUAAUUGACUUCGACUAUUUUAUUGCUACAAACGCAAUUUGUAUGAAGACAGGAUGGGCGUGACACUGGAGAGAGUGCAGUUCAAGUUUGCCUCCAUCAUAGGAGAGCUCUGCAGUGAGCCCAGGGUGUUGUCUCAGUUUGCUGUGUGGCUGGACCUUAGACUGGCAGAGUAUAAGCUCAGAGGCUCUAUCUCACUUGAAUGUUCCAAUGAGAAACCCGACCCAACAUGGAUGAAUGGAAUCAAGGAUGAGCGGCCUCCCGAGACAGUAUUACCCUAUGGGGUGGCUGGGAACAAGUCAAAGAGAAAACUUCGGGACUUGCCAUACUCGAACAAUGCAGCUCAGCGUCAUCAGUCGUCAAGAGCAAUGACCUACCCAAGUGUUUCUGCAGAAAAUCUGACGUUUCAGAGACCAGACCACCAAAUUCACUCCAUAGACAUUCCAGAUCAUGUGUCCAGUUCACCAGUGGGCAGGAACCAGAGUUUCACGGAUUUGCCCACAGAUCACACGGAAAACAGACUGUCUCAGAGUGGACCAGUGAAACAGGAGGUGGUGGAGAACAGCCCAGUUUUCCCAGUGGCUAUGAUAUCCUCCAAUGAACUCCGAUCAACACUUACCUCAAAAAGUGCUCCAUCAACGAACCGCAGGAAAAGGCAGCCAUCUGCGAUUGUACGUAACACCAGCGCCCAGUUACUCUUGGGGAGCAACUUCGCUAGUCCUGGCAGCUCUGAGGACGAUCCCAUGCCCGACUCUUACUUCUCCUCUGCCUCUCCGAGCAAGAUGUGUAAAGUGACAGAAGCCAGUGCUGCACAGUCCACUUCCGAAACAGUUACAGAGACAGACUCUAGCAUGUGUGACCUGUCGAAAGCUGAAGAGUUUCCAGUUGACAGCACCACUAGCAGCCCCAUGACAGCAGGCCAAUCAGAGGCUGUGCCACAGCCCCCUGGUGGAGGAGACGUGCCAUCAACCUUGUCAAGAGAAGACAACUCCACCUUCAUUCCUCCAGUGGUGGAGGGUCAGACUCUGGAACAGGCAGAGGGCAGUCAGGCUUUCGAAUGUGACAUAUGUGGCAAAACUUUCGCCGACCAAUACAACCUCACUGUGCAUGCUCUGUGUCACACAGGGGCAAAGACGGCCGUCCUGUUCUUUUGCGAGAACUGUGAAGUGUCCCUGUCAAAGGAAGAGGCUUUGUUGCACAUUGAAGUGUCGCAUGUGGUCGAGGAACGGAAGGUUCAGUCACAACCGCUGCCGUGCCCGUUUUGCACGAAUUGUUCUUGAAGAAACGCUACCUCAGAGAGCAUCUGCGCAUCCAUGCUGCAAAACCUGAACGAAAGUGCCCUAGAUGUUGGGGUGGCAUUUGUAUGGCGGGCCAGCCUCAACAAUCAUUUGAAGAAAUGUAACAAGUGACUUUGCUAAAGCCUUACCUCCUGGCUUUGUUUAGAAGACAAAAAGGCAUCAGUGCUUGGCUAUUGGACCAGUUGCCAGUUCUUUAAAACUCAAAUUUGGCUUUAAUAUGGAUUUCUGUCACUGCAGUAUUCAGAAUUUUAGGAUAGAAUAGAUUAUUUCACAGUGCACUGAGGUGAACCUUUGAUGACUUUGGCUAACACUUACAAAAUUUGGCUUGCCUUCUAGCUUUGCUCAUCAACAGAUGUGCAUUGGUACAUAAAAAAAAGUAUUGUAUGUUUUUAACAAUUUCACCAUUUUACGGUUUUGAAAAUAAGAACACCUUUUACCUUAUGUAUAUAGACUGUAUACAGAUCUAGUGCCAGUUAUGGACAGGGAAUUUGUCGGCUUUCCCAGGGUUUCAAGUGCUGGCAGUGCAUUGGGGCAGGAUUCAUGUGGUCUUACAUGACGUGUGUGGAAGAUGACCUGCCCCCAGGCCAAUAUGGCAUACAUAAUUUACUCUCAGCUCACUAUGGGUCAAAAUUUGUGUCGCGCGGAAAAGUGUUUUUGUGAUUUUUUUCUGAUAUCAACGGUGUUUAUGUUGUCUUUUUUGUUCUUUGAAUUACAUGGGCAAGAAUAUAUAAAGAGUUACUGGGAUGUGUACCGAGAAAUUUAGGCAGUUUUUGUGUGUUUCUUCAGCAGUAAAAGCUCAUUUUAGGCACUAGGCACAACAUCUUUGUAAACUAAGGGCAUGAACUAAUUGAAAAAAAAGCAAAACUCCAAAGGAUAGAUAGACGAUGAGGGCAACAUUUCACAUUGAAAUCUUUGUCCCAAAAAUUAUCAAUAUUACAUGAAAUUGUUGCACGUGUCAAAAGUUUAGAAUUUUGUUAUGUGGCUAUCCAUUCUAUUUAGGAGCGUAAAUAGCUCUACAUAUCCCAGUAACAAUUCUAAGAAGAUGCAGCAUAUAUACAUGUAUGCAUGUAUAUUAAGAAUACGUGUCGUUCAGAGUUUUAGUGAUUGAAUGUUCACUUCAUACAUGUACUUAAAUGUGUGUCCGUUCGAUUGUCAAAUGGGACAAAAACAUCAUUGAGAUACCUCACAAAUGUCUCUGCAUUGACAUUUCAAGUAUUUGUACAUUCACAGAGAUGUAUUAGUUCUAUAAUUUACAUGCAACUGUUGUUUGUUCAGCCUGGUGUAUAUCUAGUCUUUAUGCUGUAAGAAUCCAUGUCGUCUUUACAUAUAUUCCCCACGUCGUCUAAGUCAGGUGAAACCCCACUACCCCACAAAUAAGGGAGACAAAUCUUGCAUCCCUUGAAACAGCAGACUACAGACUACUCAGUCUGGGACGCUGUAUUGUUAAAUAUCGAUGAUAGUAUAUUCUCAAGUGAUUCAUGUUGUCAUCAACGGGAUGAUUAUGAUGCUCUUUGGGUUAGCAAGAUACACUUCUUGAAUUUUAAGAUUUCUGUUGUACGCAUUUUGUGUACUGUGGUGAUGAAAAUUGAAAAGUGUCAAAGAUCAGUUACGUGCACCAUUUUCGCUUCAGCGCAGUUUCAGAGCAAUAGCAUGUGACCCUCAGUGACAUCCCCAAACACCAACAUUCUAGGUGUCGUGACUUUGUCAGGGCAUAAUGUUGCAGUGUUAGUUACGAUCAACUCACAUAAUGCACAAGCAGUCGGGGUCUGUAGUGGUUUUGUGGGGGGCCUCCGUGAGGUUAGAGGUUUAAUAGCGGGCUAGCCCAGCGUAAUGAUCCAAGAUCUUACUACGGUCAUCGCUAUGAGUUCAAGUCCAGCUCAUGUUGGCCUCGUAGUAUGGUCUGCCAGUAACAUGCGGACGGUCGUGUGUUUCCUCCUUACGUGUGUCGUUUUCUUCCACCAUAAUGCUGGUCGCCUUCACAUUAGUGAAAUAUUCCUCAACACGGCUUAAGACUACUGUCAAAUAAAUGAUGACCAGGCCUCGAAAGUGCCAGUUAAAAUUCAAGAAAAAACAUUAUCGAUAUGUUUUACACUGUUGCAUACUUUGUCAGUGUGAAACGAAUAGUCCAUUCAUCGGUAGCUUAUAUACACGUAUACCGAAUUUAAAAGUAUUUACGAGUGUUUAGAUGUCAGCAAUGUUUAUAGUGUAUACAUGUUUGAUGGACACUUCCUUUUCUAUCGUGUUUAUCGAAUGUACGUGAGCAGUCGUAAAA